AUGUCUUUAGAAAAUUCUGUCCUCAUGACUUUGGGUUAUAAAGUAGAAGGCACCAUUGGUGAAGGUGCUUAUUCCAAAGUCAAAGCAGUUACUUCCAAUAAAUAUAGGGACAGAUUGGCAGUUAAGGUGCUCAACAAGAACCGUGCACCAUUGCGUUUUGUUAGCAAGUUCCUACCCCGCGAGCUAGCUAUUCUUAGGAAUAUCCACCACCCCCAUGUGGUUGAAGUUUUUGAACUUGUUGAAGCCAGCUGUGGGUUGCAAUUCAUUGUCAUGGAGCUAUGCCAUACUGACCUCCUACGGUUGGUUAAGGAGACAGGCCCUUUUUCAACAUCUAAGGCCCAAAGAAUCUUUGCAGAAAUUGUCAGUGCCUUGCAGUAUCUUCAUGAUAACAACAUUGUUCACAGAGAUCUGAAGUGUGAAAAUGUGCUUCUCACAGAGGAUCAUAGCACAAAACUGACUGAUUUUGGCUUUGGAAAGCAUUCAGUCAGCCCUGGUGACAUAUGUGCUACUUACUGUGGCUCUGCAGCCUAUGCUCCACCAGAGGUGCUUUUGGGGACCCCUUAUGACCCAAGAAAGUACGACAUAUGGAGCCUUGGAGUGAUCCUUUAUAUCAUGGUCACUUGUAAAAUGCCAUUUGAUGACUCCAACAUUAGUAAACUACCAGAAAUCCAGCAAUUAGGGGUGAAAUAUCCAAGUACCGUGUCUGUGAAUGAAAAAUGCCACAGCCUUAUCAAAGAUCUGCUGCACUUUAGCCCUUCUGCUCGACCUGACAUACACUCUGUGUCUAAAUCCAGCUGUCUGUCAUUUAACAUUUGA